GCUUGGCUGUCAUCACACAGAGGAUUUUCUACAAUGUCAAACAUUCACCAUCUGCGCGAAGUCAUGGCUUCUUUUACGCGAAAUGAUGAGAGGCAUCGCCGCGUGCUGCUGCUCAUCCUCUAAACACAGAAGUCCAUUCACUUUUUAUUUAUUAAUGCAUUUAUUAUUCCAUGUUCCUGGACGGGAUGCGUUGGAGCAGGUCUAUGUGAGUGUGUGAGCUGGGUCAGAGGUCAUGCUGCGGAGGGAAUCUGACACCCGUGGUCUCUUUUCCUCGGGAGAGACGUCUGACAAUGACUGUGUGAUGGGGGCGAGUUGUGGAGAGGUGGAUGUAGCGUGUCUGUGCGAGGUCGGUCCCUGUACACUUUAUCCAGAAGCACACACACCUACGCCGGACACACGCCUGUGUGAACACUGUGGAAAGAACAGAGUCAUGAUAACCAGGUACUCCGAGGGAUACGGAACGGAGGAGGAGUGUGUGUUGUCAGACCCUCAGGGGGAGAGUGAUGCAGAUGCUGAUAUAGAGGACACAGAUUGCAGACUGCAGGAGCCAGGUUCUCUGCAGCGAAUCAGCUCGCGCAGACGAAAGCGUCCACGGGUAGCGCGGCAAGACACCACGGAGAGCGAGGACGACGGGGGGCGGAGCCACCAAACACACCGCUGGAACCUCAGGCUCAGCCCUGACAGAGCAGACAGCAGGACCAUACUGGAGGAGAGCAUAUCACAGGUCAGGCCACUGGUCAUCUGCCGGCCGAACGUCGAGAGGCAACAGACUCCGGGCAAACUUCGCCGAGGCUCCAAAUGUCUGAUGUCUCUAUGGCCAGCUUCCUUCUCUCUCCCUCUCACCCUCCUCCUCCUGCUGCCUCUCUCCCUCUCUCUCGUCAUUGUGAUCGUGUCUUUCCUUCUGCCGUGGGCUCGCGCUUGACCUCACCUUUCUGUUUCAAGAGAAUGAUUACAUUACAGAAAAACCUACCACCAACUCAGAAAAGGCAGUGAAUGGCUCAAAAUGGGAACACAAACAUGGUGCUUUAGAAAUGAAAUCGACUUUUGGGUGUAGUUGGCCUUUUGGCUUCAUUACAUCCAGAAAAGCACAGGGUAAAAUACUUUCAUUCUGAGCCACUUUACAGUAGGUACAUUUACAGCAGAAUCGGUUUCUGACGCAAACGAUAAACUCAGUGCUUUCUUUUGCCACAUGAAAAUCUCACCUUCCGUGUCACUUUCUCACCCCCUCGUUUGUAAAAAUAGACCUCUCGUCUCGCUCCUUGUAAUAACGAGCCACAGGAGGGAUAAGCGGGGGGGAAGGGUUUCAUGGCUGCACAGGUAGAUUAUAAAGGGAGUCAAUAGGAACAUAGGAAAAAGAUGAUGCUGCUGAACUAUGCAAAUGUUAUGUUCCUACUGCAACAUCUCCUAUUUCUUUGGCACUACCAUCACCUUCUUGACCCUUUACCUUUUCUCUUUGAAAUACAGGGAGUUAUGGUUCUAAAAUUGAGCAUGACCCCAUCUUAAAAAGCAAUAGCAGAUGAGAUCUGAUAUCAUGUUUUGAAAACGAUGGCUUAAGUGUUAUUUUACUUAAAAACAGGUGGAUCCUCUUUCUUCUUUCUGGCUGUACUUUUGUGUUUCCUUGUAAAAUAAGCUGACCUCAAAAGAAAACGUGAUGGGAUCUUAAUUAUGUUAAAGUUAUUUAAACACUUAAAACACAGUCUUACCGUUGAUUGCUAUCGUGUUUGAUAAUAUUUAUGUUAUAUCUAUAUUUACGAGUUAUUAUUUAAGAAGAAAUUGACAAUCAGUCACACUACUUUUUCAAGAUGAAAUUAUUGGAAAACCUGUGGCAUUUCUGUACUAUAUAUGUUUAAUGUUAUGUUGUUUUUGUAUGUAUUUAAACUUCAAACCACAGUAGAUUUGCUUGCAUCCUUGUAGAGAAAUAUGAAUUCGCAAUUAAGAUCAGGUAUGAGCUCAUUUGAUUCAUGUUCAACAGCCGUUUAUCCAGCAUUUAAUGUUGCCUGUCUUACGGGUUAUCUGUGUGUUCGCCUCUGUGUUCUUGGAGCCAUAGAAAUUCAAUAAAACUAAAU